CGUGUGAUUGGCGCAUGUAAACUUUCCCGUACGAAGACAGCGGAGGGGGAGACCUUCGCAUUGAGACAGUUCACUUGUCAUGAUGUUAACGUCAGAGUUUCUCCUGUGUUCAGGUAUGAGGAGAUGUGUCCUGAAAUGUAUGAGGCAUCCGUUAUGGAAUGGUACCCAGUCAGGAACAGUAAGGCCAAUACAGACUGUCAUUCAAUAUUCUACAGUUUCUGGAUGCAAGAAGAUGCACAAUCCCACCCUCACAAGGCGUUUAAAUCAUGGCUCUGUAAGGAGAAUAACCUCUGAUAAUCCCUCCAGUUUUAGAACAUCUGACACAAUGGAAGUACUUGGCCACUGUUACCCCAUAGAUGAUUAUACCACUGUUACAAGUAAAAUCCUUUCUAAAGUUGGGAAGAACUUGCACAGUCAGAAGUAUCAUCCUUUAUGGCUAAUAAAAGAGAGAAUAAAGGAACAUUUCUAUAAACAAUACAUAGGGCGCUUUGGAAAUCCACGGUUUUCUGUCUAUGAUGACCUAUGCCCCGUUGUCACCACACAGCAAAAUUUUGAUAGUUUACUUAUCCCAUUGGACCAUCCCAGCAGGAAAAAGGGAGACAAUUACUACCUGAAUCGUACUCAUAUGCUACGUGCUCACACUUCUGCCCAUCAGUGGGAUCUGAUUCACUCAGGGCUGGACGCGUUCCUGGCUGUGGGAGAUGUUUAUCGCAGAGACGAGAUUGACAGAAGUCAUUACCCUGUGUUUCAUCAGAUGGAAGGUGUUUGUCUCUUCUCCAACCAUGAGUUGUUUGCUGGAGUGGAAAACAAAGAUUCUUGCCAAUUGUUUGAACAAGGAUUUCGCACAGCUACCAAACAGGAGAGCCAUACCCUGGAAGCCGUGAAGCUGGUCGAAUACCACUUGAAGAAUACGCUUUCUAAACUUAUGGCUCAUCUAUUUGGUGAUGAAAUUGAAAUCCGAUGGGUAAACUGUUAUUUUCCAUUCACACAUCCCUCUUUUGAAAUGGAGAUUAAAUUCCAGGGUGAAUGGAUGGAAGUUUUGGGUUGUGGUGUGAUGGAGCAGGCAUUGGUGAAUUCCGCUGGUGCUCAUGACAAAAUUGGCUGGGCAUUUGGACUUGGUCUAGAGAGAUUGGCCAUGAUUUUGUAUGGUAUUCCUGAUAUCCGUUUAUUCUGGAGCGAAAAUGAGCUUUUUCUGAAGCAAUUCCAUGUGUCUGACAUCAAUCAAAAAGUACAAUUCAAGACCUUUAGCAAAUAUCCUGCUUUGACCAACGACAUCUCAUUCUGGUUGCCCAGAGAGGGUUAUUCAGAAAAUGAUUUCUAUGACUUGGUUCGUAACAUCGGAGGGGAUUUGGUAGAACAAGUGUCCUUAGUUGACCAAUUUACGCAUCCAAAGAAACAGAAAAUUAGUCAUUGCUAUCGUAUCACCUAUCGUCAUAUGGAACGGACUCUCACGCAAAUGGAAAUCAACACAUUACAUAAAAAUAUCGAAAAAUCUGCAGUGGAAGAGUUGGGAGUAGAAGGAAGGUUUUAAUGCAAAAUAACCAUAAACCUACCUUGAUUGUUCUGUAUACCAUAUGUUCCUUUUUUUUUUUUAUAUAGAAUAUUUAGAAUAUAAUGAAAUAAAGUAAUAAAAAUUAUAUACUUGAUUAACAAUGCAAUAUAAUUCGAUUUAGUUUUUUUGAUUUAUUGUAUAAUAGGAGCGAUA